AUGGAUAUCGAGGAAUGUAAUCUAAUGUAAGUAUACCUACGUAACAUAAUGCUAGAUACUUUAAUAUGCGGAUUACCUCGUCUGUGCGAUGUAUAACUAUCUACGUACUGCGAAAUCUAAUAAAUAUUACAGUAGUCGCUCGAUAAUUCGAAAAACUCCAUAAAUCUAACCAAACCCUUGGUCCCCUAAGAAAACUUCUAUAAUUAGCAGAAAAUACUUGUAUUUCGGUUCUCUCGAUAAUUCGAAAUGUUUCUGUCGGUGGGACAUACUCUAGAAUUCGAAGAUGUUUGUUAUAACCCCUAUAAUUCUUCAUUACGUAUGUACAUACAUAUGCAUAAGCUCAAAUAAAUGUAUCUUAAUGAUUAUGUUACGAUAUGGUACGGUAUAAAUAACCUAAAUGACGAAGUCUUAAUCAAACUAAUAAUGACAGCGAUUCUUACAACAUGAUUGUCGAAAAGUGCAUUCGAUUAUUAUCAUGUUUUUAUUUAUUUAACUUGUUUAGAUUAUGUAUUUAUGUUAAUAAUUAUCCAAGUUUCAUUACUUAUAUUUCAAAUUUGAUACCUAUUAAUAUUACUAAUUAUAGAUUUUAAUUUUAAGAUUUUCUUACCAGUUACUAACUAAAUCAAUUCUAAUGUGAUUACUGAAAUUGAAGGCUGUUAAAAAGCUUACCGGAGUAACUAGUAAUAAUUGAAUUGAUUGGUUGAAGUUAUUCAUAUUCCCAUUUCGUAAGCAAUCGAAACUAACAAAAAAAAAAAAAAAAUGAUAUUUUCUUUUUUUUACAUCUGCAUAUUUAUAAUUAAUCUAUAAUAUCUACCUACAUUAAAAUAAAAAUAUUGGUUUGUGUAUAUUACAAUUUAAAUAUGGAUUAUUUUAUUUCAGUUCAGAUGACGAUGAUGUUGCACCACCAUCCAAAAUUCCUGAAACCAAAAAAAUAAAGAAAAAAAGGGGAAAAAAGAGGAAAGCAAAAAUUAUAGUAGAAGAAAAUAAAGAUGAUGAACCUAUACAAGAAAAAACCGAUAAAGAAUUUGUUUCGGGUGAACUGUACAAACAAAUGAAUCUAGUUGGCCGACCUGGAUAUGAGAUCACUACUAUAUUAAAUAAAAGAGAAAAAUAUCUAGAUGUGGAAUACUUGAUUAGAUGGGAAGGAUAUGGGGACGAUUAUACUUCGUGGGUACCCGCGGGACUUCUUCAAUGUGAUGAUAUGUUAGCCGAAUUUGAAAAAGUUUGGAAUCUAAAUUGUGGUGACUACAAAUUACAUUUGUUAAAACUAAAAGAGAAAAUGAAGUUAAAAAAGAAACGAUAUGUUUCUACACAACAUCAAAUGGUAAUCAUGAUUUACCUUCUACUUCAACCGCUUACUAUUAAUUAAUUUUUUCUGAAUAGAAUAUAGUAUUUGAAGAAUAAGCAAUUUCAAAAUAUCUCAUUAAAAAUAUAUGGUUUUAGAAAAUAUGUGGUGUAUUUAAUUUACAAUACCACUUCAAAAGGAUAUAAAGGUUUAAGUAUAAGUUUGUAUAAUUUUUAUUUUUUUUACCUAUUUUGUGAAACACUGAUUUAAUUUUUUUUUAAGUUUUCUUAAUUUGUUUUUGUUAAUCUUACAAGAUGAUGGUAUUUAAAAAUUUAAUUUUAUCAACUUACAUUUUAAAACUAAACUAGUGUUUGAAGAAUAAGCAAUUUCAAAAUAUCUCAUUAAAAUUAUAUGUUUUUAGAAAAUAUGUAGUGUAUUUAAUUUACAAUACCACUUCAAAAGGAUAUAAAGGUUUAAGUAUAAGUUUGUAUAAUUUUUAUUUUUUUUACCUAUUUUGUGAAAAACUGAUUUAAUUUUUUUUUAAGUUUUCUUAAUUUGUUUUUGUUAAUCUUACAAGAUGAUGGUAUUUAAAAAUUUAAUUUUAUCAACUUACAUUUUAAAACAUAUUAUGACAAAAUAAUGUUUUAGAAUAUUCAAUAUGAUUCUAUUUGGCUUUUUAUUGGUAAAAAUUAAGAUAUUUUAAAUAAUUGUAUUACUUUAUAACAAAAAUAAAAAUAAAAUAAUGUUUUAUUUUAUGUUGUAAUGAAUAGUGUUUUGAAAUAUUACAGGUAUUCUAUGUAUACUUUCAAAUAGAUAAAAGAAAAUCGGUCAUGAUAUAUUAUUUCAUAAUCCUUUUAUAUCAUGGUAUUUUUAUAUAAACUUAUAACAAAAAUAACUAAAAAUAUCUGUUAAUAUUUCUGACAUAAUUAUUAUGAAUAUUUAAAUGAAUGGAAUGUGAAUAUAAGCUCAGCUGUCAUAAACAUAAUUUGUAUUUUUACGUCUUACAUUAUAUUUAAUAUCUGUGUAUCUAUAUUAUAACAAUGAGCAGGUAAACUAAUAAUAAUUAAUAAUAAAAUAAACAAAAAUAUGUAUACAAUUUAUAUUAAUAUAUAUUUUAUUUAAAUUGACACACAUUUUGAAGAGUAUAUGAAGUAUAGAAUAAUUAUAUUCAAAAAGUUUAAAAAUGAUUUAAAGGAUAUUAAGUAUUCCUGUUGUGACCAUAGCCCCCACAAAGGGGUGUCAGUGGGUCCGGUGGCCCGGACUUUCAAGGGACCCGAAAAUAUAAUGUAAUAUAAUAAUAUUUAGUUUUUGUUUUUAUUUUACAAAAUAUUUAUAAAUAUAAUAUAUAAUAAAUAAGAAAGAUGUUUUUUUUUUUUUUUUAGUUAUUAAUUUUAUUCUUAUUUAACACAUAUAUGAAUACAAUACGAGUAGNUACAAUUUACAUUUGAAAUAUAUGGUACCACUCAACUUUAAAAUAAUAAUGUUUAAUCAAAAUCAAUUGUUACUAAUUUGGAUAUAAUUUUGCUUUAGAUGGCGCACUCGUCUCAUUUCAAUGUCGAUUUCUUAAGAAUGGGCAUUAAUGCUGAAAUCAAAGAAAAUCCCAAUGUAAAAAAGAGUUAUGGUAAGUAUACUAUAGUAUAUUACAGGUAAAGUGUAUUUAAUUUUUAAACAUUUAAUAUUUAAUUACCAUUCUGUACUUUUCUGUAUAGAACCCUAAGCUGUUUUCAAUUUUUAGCACCAAAAUAUAUAUUCUAAAACCAUAUAAAGUUCUGAUUGAAAAAAGCAGAAUGUGUAUUAAUUUGUGGGUUUUUUUUACAGAUUGUUUUUUGUGUCAUACUGCUAAGCACAAAAUAAAUGAUUGUUCAAAAUUUGGUUAGUAUAGAUAUAAAUAAUUAAUUAAUACAAAAUGCAAAUACAAUUAGUUCAUGUUAUAUUGCAUUUACAGCUGUUCUUUUGUUGGGUGCUNUAAUAUUUAAUUACCAUUCUGUACUUUUCUGUAUAGAACCCUAAGCUGUUUUCAAUUUUUAGCACCAAAAUAUAUAUUCUGAAACCAUAUAAAGUUCAAAUAGUGAUUAGUUCUGAUUGAAAAACUACUGUCAAACAUGUACUUACCGCUUUGAAUGUGGCAUCCAGUGCAAUGCAUGGUGACAUUUCUUCACCACUACAUUAUUUCAAUUGUUAUGUUUCGGACAGUGAUUUCAAAACAAUGGCAUUAUAUACAAACAUGUAUGCUCAUCAAAAAUUGUCUUCAUGGGAAAAAAAUAUCGAUAAAUACGAGGUUUUAACUUUUAUUGCGUUACAUAUACUGACUGGUUGUUUGUGUUUUCCUAGACUUUCGAUGUAGUGGGCUACAUUUUUCGGAAUAAAUGUUUUUACCAAUAAUAUGUCAAGAAAUUGUUUAUAUUUCUUCGGUCUAAUUUUCACGUUAUAGAUAACAUGUAAAUUCCAACUGGUAAUAAAGAUCGUUUCGUAAAAGUCCAUAUUUGACUGUGUUCUAGAAAUAUGUAGAGAACUAGUAAAAUAGCAUACUCUAUAAAUUGAUGAGCAGAUUGUUCCAUUCACUAGCCAUUUAAAUGUGAACAAUAUAGCAAGGAAAAAUAAAUCUUUAGGGUAUUAAAAUGUUCAUGUUAUGUGGCGCCAGUGAAAUAUAUAUUGUUGUUAUCUACCAAGGUAGUGAAACAGAAUUGUUUCCUAAAUUUAAAAAUAAAUUUGGUAUAGGCGCUUCAGUUGUUCUAAAACUAACUGUACAUGUCGAAGAAAAUGAGUACUUCUUAUUCUUCGAUAAUUAUUUUGCAAGUUAUAAUUUGUUCGAAAUAUUUUUAAAAGGAAAACUAUUUGCAGCGUCGACUAUACGAAAGGCUUGCUUCCAUGAGGAAAAGGACAACACACUAAAUUUGAAACUAAAGUAGUCAUUUUUAACUCGAAUUCCUUUUCGGAUGAGGAGAAGCAAAGUAUUAUAGGGGAAUUUCAUUCAUCGCCAUUAGGAGAACAUCAAAGAGUAUCUUGAACCAUUAAAAGAAUAAAAAUGCAUCACUCAUGGUCAGGAUUAAAAAGGAAACAAAAAGGAAAAACUGAAAAUUUGUAAACAUGAUCCCUCAUAUCCAGCGUUCGGAUUUAUGUAUGAAGAUGAUUGCCCUCAAUGCGUUAUUUGCUCGGAAAUUUUAACUAAUAGUUCUAUGGCUCCAGCAAAACUUACAAGACAUUUGGAAACAAAACACCAGCAGUAUAAGAGUAAGUUAAUUUGAUUUUUUUAAAAGAAUAGAAAGCGAAUUGAAAUCUCAGAAGAGACUAAUUCGAAAUAAGGGAACUGAACAUGAGUUAGCUCUUAAAAGCGUCAAUUUUGAUCUCACUUCACAUUGCAAAAUCAAAAAAAAAUUUUACAAUAAGAGAAAAUUUAAUUAUGCCUUGUAUGGUCGAUGCCAGCCUUACACUUUUGGAAGAUAAAGCCGCUAGAAAAAUAAAAACAAUACAUCUUUCCAAUGAUACCGUUGCAAAUCGCAUAAUUAUGACGAGUGAUGACAUGCACCAAUAACUUUUAAGAAAAAUAAAAAGGUCAAAUAUCUAAGCUCUUCAAUUAGAUGAGUCGACUGAUAAUACUAAUAAAACACUGCUACUUAUCUAUAUUAGGUAUGUGGACUGGGACGAAAAAGAAAUUAAAGAAAAAUUCCUGAACUGCUUGGAACUGAAGAAACAUUCAACUGACGUUGAAAUUUUUUCUGCAUUGUCUGAUUAUUCCUUAAGUACAGAUUUAGAGAUGUUAUACUGUAAGUCAAUAAGUCAAUUUGUACUGAUGGUGCGGCUAAUAUGACUGGUAGACAUGCAGGAUUAAUCGCAAAAAUGAAACAAGUAGCUCCAAAUAUACAAGGCACACGAUGAUACACCGAGAAAUAUUAGCAAAUAAAAGAAUGAGUGCCGAUUUUUAUCAAGUUUUAACAAUAGCUGUCAAAUCGGUAAAUUUUAUUAAGUACAGCACUCUUAAUUAACGACUGUGUACAAUGUUGUGUGAUGAAAUAGUAUUCACAUAUAGAACGCUAUUACUGCAUGCGAAAGUUAGCUGGCUUUCAAGAGGUCGGAUAUUAAAGAGACUGUGUGAACUAAGAGAAGAAAUAAUAAUAUUUUUAUCAAACAAAAACUGUGACCUUGUUCCGUACUUCAAAAGUUCAUAGAUUGAAUAAUGAAAUUAUGUUAUCUUGCAGACAUAUUUCAACUUUUGAAUGAGCUAAGUUUAUCUCUUCAAGGAACACAACAGAAAAUCGUGUUUCAUAGUUAUAGUAAAAUAGAAGGGCAAAAGAAAAUAAUUAAGCUGUGGAUCACAAGAAUUCAAAACAACUGUUUUGAAAUGUUUAGUACAUUAAUGGAGUUCAUAAGUGAGGUGAACGAGAAUAAUGGAGAUCACAAUUUUACAACUUAAACUGAUUAUUGGUAAUCACUUGAAUAAGUUGUUUAAAUCAAAUCAAGACCAAAGAAAUGGUUUAUUGUGGAUUUUGGAUCCAUUCAGUUCCAAUAGCUCAACAAAGACUCUAUAUAAGAAUGAAGAGGACAUGUUGGCAGAUCUUUCCUAAGGCGUCACGUUGAAAAACUUAAAAAACAAUUCAUCACUAGAUACGUUUUGGAUGAAAGUUCAAAGAGAAUAUGAGGUGAUAAGUGAAAAGGCAUUGAGAGUCCUACUUCUUUUUCUUUCAACACAAAUCACUAUGUAAACACAAUCGCCACAGUUAAUAAAAUCAUCAAAACGAUAAUAACGAUUGUCUGGUAGGGAAAAAGACCCAAGAUAAGAAAACAGGUCAUUGAUGAUGCGCGACGAAGGUGCAGUCUCUCGUGGCACGGAGUAUAGUUAUAAACGAUUGUGGUAAUGGAUAAAAAUAAAAAAAUAGCUCUAAUAUUUUUAAAUAGACGUCGUCAGCGUCGUGUUAGAUACGAGAAAGAAUUUAUUGGAUUCACCCAUAUAUUUCUAACAGGAAAGGCAUGGGUGACUUUUAUACCGUGUUUAAGGACCUUCGAGAACACGGAGAUAAGUUUUUCAUAUAUUUUCGAAUGCCAAUGAAAUCUUUUGACGAAUUACACGACCGCCUGCAAAAUACAUUGCAACGUCAGAAUACGUUUAUGAGAGAUGCAUCGAACCUGCGUAAACCUUAGCUGUAACUCUAAGGUAAAUGAAUAUAUGAUUAAAAAUAAUAAUUUAUAAUAGAUACAAAUAAUAAAUAUAUAUUUUUUGAAUAUUUUACUUAUUAAAAUGUAGCAAACUUUUACUUAUUGUUUGUGAGUGUUAAAAUUAUUUAUUAGUUUUUAAGAAAAAAAAAAAUCUGCAUUUUAAUACAAUUAAUUAUUAUUAAUUAUUAGGUUACAUUUUAAUUAUUACUUUGCUCAUUAUGGAAGAAUUAAAAUUAAAAAAGAUGAAGCGUACUACUAAUUUUACGGCAGGUGAAUCUGACCUAUUAAUAACGUUAGUAAAAAAAUACAAAGACGUCAUGGUGUGUCAAAAAACCGACACAGUUAAUGCAAAGUGAAUACAAAACCAAACACAAUUUUCUAAUAUUAAACUAAUAUCAAUUGAUGAAAUUUUGAUUAGAAUGAAAAAAGAUGCCUCUCUAAAAAUUGAAAAUGAAUUUAACUGUCAAUCUAGUGAAAACCACCGUACUUUUUCUAUAUUGAAAAACAAAUAAGAAAAUAUAAAACGCAAUGUUAAGAAAACGUAUGCUGACGAAAAAUCAUAUUAUCAAGGAACUGGGAGAGGACCAGCAAAAUAAUUUCCACAAACAGCUAUAGCUACAACAAUCGUAGAGUUAUUGCAGACUAAAAUGACAGGAGAGAUAUCACUAUAUGAUUGUGAUCUCUAGAAAAAUAAACCAAUGACUCAACAAAAUAUUGGAAACAUUAUUGAAGAUGAGGAUAUUAUUACAAUAACCGACUUUGAAGAUUUGCCUAAUGACUAUGACAAUACUGACAAUGCUACAAAUACUACAAAUAGUAAGUAUUAUAAUUAAUUAAUGAUAAUUAGUUAUAACAUCAAUAAGUUAUUUCUAAUUUAAUUUAAUCAUUUUUUUAAUUUUGGAACAGAAAAAGUUGAAAACAAGUUUAUCUAUGAUAUACUAUCAACCUCUACUCUAAAAAGAAACUGGACGAACUACACUCCAGUAGACCUAAAAUCAAGAUCAAUAUUAACAGACAGUCCUAUAAUAUCUGGUAUAUAUUUUCGUUAAUUUAUCCUUAAAUGCUUUCGUUUAAAUACCUACUAAUUGUAUUAUUCAAUUUCACUGUGGCGCAUUGAAUAACGCGUUAGUGGUAGAACUGUGGUAUGAUGUUUGAUACCUACCUAUCUACAAACAUUUUUCUUUUGUCAACAUUCAUAUUUGUGUAUACAUCCAAUAAAAAUAUGUUAUUCCAUUAUACUUAAUUCUUUUUCUACAGUAAAUAUAAUUAAUAUAUAUAUAUAUAUACUAUUCAAAUGUGAAACUAUAAACAUAUAUAUUUUUAUCACAAUAAUAAGAAAAUAAUGAGUAAUAAUUAUGAAUUAACAGAAACAAUUUACAAUAUUGAAUAUUUGUUAUGAAAUUAUGUUUUAGAUGGGAAUGUUUCUAAAAAACAAAAGGAAUACAAGACAAAAUUACCAAUUGGGCAUAAACUUAUGCAUCCUUAAGUUAGGAACAACAAAAAGCAUUCAUUGAACAGCACAAGUUAAAAAUUAAUUUAAUGAAAGCAAAGCAUGAUUAUGAAACAAGAAAUUAUGACUGAAAAACAUCAAAUUGAGAUUGAAAAUUUAAAAUUAUAAAAAUACAUAUUAUUAUAUAUAUUAUGCAUAUUUUGCAGUUAGUACAAAGAGUUCAACUACAAGAACAUCGUAUUGAAAGACGGAUUUUGAGAGAUUUACAAAAUCCAUUUUAACUACCUCUUGAAGAAUUGAUAUUCAUAUUCUGUUAAAUCCCAAAUUAGAAAAGACGUGAACAAUUUUAUUAGGGAUUUGUUAACUAUGUACUUAAUAAUAUUAUUUGUUAAACAUAACAAAUAAACAAAAGGCUAAAUAUGGUAAAUAAUCAAAAAAUAAUUUAAUAUUAUAUUAGUGGCACGUUGAUAAUAAUUUUAGUUUGUGGUAAAAGCAAAUUGCUUAUCACCACGAAUUAAGAUAUUUGUAUACUAAUAUGCAUAUCACCUAUCAUCAAAAUAAUGUUUGAUUAGUCAAUUUAAUGAAACUCUUUGGAUUAUUUUACAAAGUCUCUUACGCUCAACGUCUUUCUAGUUCUAAAAUGUCAAAAAGUUGAGUAUGGCAGUAUGCCAAACGUAUUGGAGACAAAGGAUAUUUUAAUAUGUGUCAUAAAGAUGAUAUCAACGAAUUUGUAUGUACUGGUGGGACUACAGAAUCAUUAGGUCGACAUUUAAAAUUAGUUCAUAAUUUGAAGUCAACAAGGUACGUUUACGAGGUGUGGCUAUUAAACAACGAGACUGCUCGCCUAGAGGGUGCCUUAGAUGGGUAGUGAAAAAAACGAGUAAUGCGUUGGGUAUCUAGAUAUCUUAUCUAUACACGUACCAAAACGCGUUUUCGUCACUAUUAUAGUAUUUGUGCAGUAGUGGUUUGAAACGAACGUGUUUUUUUCUCGUGCCGAAAACCAUGUGUGACGAAAAACAUGAGCAACGGAUAAACGUAAAAUUUUUUCAUUAAACUAAAAAAAACUCCAACUGAGUGCUAUAAGUUGUUAAAAGAGACCUAUAGUGAGGAUUUUCUAUCUCGGGCGGGUGUUUUUGAAUGGCAUAAAUUAUUUUCUGAAGGUCGAGAGUGCACCGGAAUCCAAUUCAGUCGUAAUCCAAAUUCAAAACCAUGCUGAUCGUUUUCUUCGAUAUCAACGGCAUCGUGAUGACUGNAAUGAGUUCGUAAGAAACGGUCGAUAUUGUGGAAAAACAAGUCGUGGAUCUUGCACCAGGAUAAAGCGUGAAGCGUUAUUUGGCCGCUUAAGGCACUCCAGUACUCGAACACCCGUCUUACUCACCCGAAUUGGCACCCUGCGACUUUUACUUGUUUCCGAAGAUAAAGUCUGCCUUAAAAGGAAUCCGGUUUGAGUCGAUGGAAGAGGUAAAACAAAAAUCGGCGGAACUCCUGAAUGGUCUUACGAAAACAGACUUCCAGCACUGCCUCGAGCAAUGGAAGAAACGAAUGAAACGGUGUGUAGUGAGGGGAAGGGAGUAUAUUGAAGGGGAGCAUUUGAAUGUAGAAUAA